AUUUAAAUAUAUCCGAGCAAAGCGCCCUCUGCACAGAAAUAGUUGUAUCAUAAUUGUAAAAAUUGACAGUGGGCUGUGUAGUGCAAUAAUCAAAUUGUGCUACAAAAUACGAGAAAACCAUGGGUAACGAAAGUUCCUUGCCCAUGGAGCUUUGCUCAAAUUUUGAUGCUGAUGAAAUAAAACGCCUCGGGAAAAGAUUUCGAAAGCUAGAUUUAGACAACUCGGGUGCAUUAAGCAUUGACGAAUUUAUGUCUCUACCGGAAUUACAACAGAACCCACUGGUUCAACGUGUUAUCGAUAUAUUCGACGCUGACGGUAAUGGAGAAGUGGAUUUCAAGGAAUUCAUCCAAGGGGUCUCUCAGUUCAGUGUAAAAGGUGAUAAACUAUCUAAAUUACGCUUUGCAUUUAGAAUUUAUGAUAUGGAUAAUGAUGGUUUUAUUUCAAAUGGAGAGUUAUUUCAGGUUCUAAAAAUGAUGGUUGGUAAUAAUUUAAAGGAUACGCAAUUACAACAGAUUGUAGAUAAAACAAUUUUAUUCGCCGACAAGGAUGAGGAUGGAAAAAUCUCAUUUGAAGAAUUUUGUAAUGUAGUCGGGAAUACGGAUAUCCACAAAAAGAUGGUGGUAGACGUGUAGACAAUGAAAAUUGGUUGCUAAUUGUCCAACUGGAGACCUGAGCAGUUUGUUAUAUCGCAAGAUUGAACCUUAGGAUUUAAUGUGAUUAAAGAGAACACUCGAAUAUUUUUUUUUUCUAAUAGCUUAAAUUAGUCAUGUAUGGAAUUCUCACUCUUCUGCUUCUGUGUGAUCAUUAAUCCUAUAAACCGUGGGACCUAAUUUAGAUUUGCAGUAUUUAUAAGCGACUAAUUCGUCUCUACUGCAUCAAGAAAAUGUGUUUGGUAGGGUUAGUAAUCACGCUCGCACAACUGUCAGGUUUAUAGUUGGAUUUUUGCACCAAUCUUAAGUUUGUAUGUAUUCUUAAACUAUUUGUUUUAUUAUAAAUAUUGAUAAAUUGAUGUUUUCUAACACUGUAUAAAAUAUAAAUCUAAGGCACUGUUAAAGUCUAAUGCAUGUGUCCUCUGCUUGUUGUUCCAUUAACAUAUUUUAUAAUCAAAGGUACAUAUAUAUAAAUAUUAAGAUAAUAUGGUUGUUCUUUAUACUUUAUCUAGGUGUUGUGUGUGUAUAGUUUAAUAUUAACUUUAAAGGGGGUCUCAGCCUCGCAAUUUUAAAAUUAAAUAUUCUAUCUUAUAAUAAUCGUCAUGCUUAAAACAUCUGUACUUAUACUAAGAAUUGCACAUAGAAGUAAAUAAGUACCCGCACUACUAUAAUUCACAUUAAAACGGUCUUCAGUUUGAUGAGUUACAGUGCACGACUCGUCAAUCUAUCGAUCGUUUUCCAAAUCCAUAAGAAUGGAGCUUCAUUGUUGCCAACAAAAUCUUAAUCGUUCGAGAAUUGAAAUUCUUUCGAUAAUUUCACUUGAAAGGGUUUCAUAGUUCUCCAUUAACGGUUAGCAUUUUGCUUUUGAAAAGUAAGCAGAGAUUCGCUCGUGUUUCUCCUACAGUGUGCGCUGGAAAAAUGGUACCGAAUGCUGUAUUAUUGAUUUGAACAUGCAGCCCUAUUCCGCCUUCACCUUUAUAUGUAUAAUUACAAAAUUAAUUGUAGAUAACUAGAGCUAGUUGGACAGUUAUUUAUCCCACAAGCAUCUUGUAUAAUAUGUUAUGGUUGUGUUGUGCUAAAAUUAGGUCAUAGUUGUUCUGUUUAAAAAUUUAUGUUGUUCAAUAAAAUAAUUUCACCAGA